AAAAAAAAAAUCCAAAUUUCGCUGUACCCCUACGCACCAAGCAAUUUGAACCCAUCGCCACCUUACGAUUCCUCCGGCCUUCUCCACUGAGGUCUUUUCUCCUCACUCAGAAAAUUGAACUUUUUUAUUCUCUAGAUUUUGAUCUGAGCAAUGGCGAGCUCGAGCUCCCCUUCUCUGUCUUUCUCGGUCCCCAAUUCUCUCCCAAAGCGCAAACUUUUCAGAUCAAGUGGGCAUCACAGAGCCGUAUCUCUCAAAUAUCUUGAUCAUUAUCGUGUUUCCUCUAAUGGGUAUCGAUCAAUUUGCUGUUCGAAGGCUUCGGCAUUGGAUUCAAGCGAAGAGAAGCGGGACUCUGCUCCUUUCGCGGUGGAUAGCGCCUCGGAGCCUGAAGUUCGAACUGGCAUGUGGAAUUGGCGAGGUUACCGCAUUCGUUAUCAAUAUGCUGGGAAGGACGGACCUGCAUUAGUUUUAAUACAUGGAUUCGGGGCGAACAGUGAUCACUGGCGGAAAAACAUUUCUUAUCUCGCAAAGACAAGUAGAGUUUAUUCAAUUGACCUUAUCGGUUAUGGGUAUUCUGACAAACCAAAUCCUCGGGAGUUCAAAGUGAAUUCCUUCUAUACAUUUGAGACAUGGGCAAGCCAGCUAAAUGAUUUCUGUGCUGAUGUUGUCAAAGAUGAAGCGUUCUUCAUAUGCAACUCUAUUGGAGGUGUCGUCGGUCUUCAAGCGGCUAUAAUGGAGCCUCAGAUUUGUAAGGGUAUACUACUGUUAAACAUUUCCUUAAGGAUGCUUCAUAUUAAGAAACAACCCUGGUAUGGAAGGCCGUUUAUUAAAUCAUUCCAGAGAUUGUUACGGAAUACUAUUGUGGGAAGGCUUUUCUUCAAAGCAGUUGCCACCCCAGAGUCCAUUAAAAGCAUUCUUUGUCAGUGCUAUCAUGACACUUCAGCGGUUACCGAUGAACUAGUUCAAAUUAUCCUUAAACCGGGACUUGAUCCUGGUGCUGCUGAUGUGUUUCUUGAAUUCAUUUGCUACUCAGAUGGGCCGCUUCCUGAAGAACUACUUCCAAAAGUAAAGUGCCCGGUUUUGGUUGCUUGGGGAGAUAAGGACCCAUGGGAGCCUGUUGAACUUGGAAAAGCCUAUGCAAAAUUUGACGCAGUUGAAGAUUUUGUGAUCCUUCCAAAUGUUGGACAUUGUCCACAGGAUGAGGCACCUCAUCUUGUGAACCCUCUUAUUGAAACAUUCGUUAAGCGCCACAGUGAAGAAAUGAUAGGUCUUUUAACAUAAAGAUGAUCGGAAGGUAAAAGAGUUCAAGUUUUCACUCAAGGUGUCUACAUGUCAAGAUGAAACUUCAGGAGUAUUGAGUUCGAAAACUACAUACUACACUACAGGGGGUCUAUGCGCAAUUAACCACUAUUUAGAUGAUAUAAAUAAAGUUUUAUCUUUGUUUAUAGAGUUCAAAGUUGUAUAAUAACGUUAAAAGAAAACAAUAGAAGGUUGGUGAGCUAAUGCAGCAAUAAUAUAUACCGUCCAAGGACGUAUUAGCUAAUCAUGUAUUUUUGAAUAUGAUGCUGAUGUGAAUCAUGUGAUUUUUAAAAUUAUUGCUGGUAUAACUUUUGGAUU